AUGAAGACACUGGCUAUCAAAUGGCAUGAACAAGUACAUUGGUGUGCCUCAUUCCCAUCCUCUCAUAUGCCAAUCUUCAACCCCAGGAAGAAAAUUGAAGUGAUGAAGGUAACUAAAGCAACCAGCUUAAGUUCAGAGUCAAAUGCAAAGAAAGCAAAUUUGUGUGCUGCAAAGAAGGAAAGAAUUAAGCUGCCAAAUCAUGAUGAUAGCUCUGGUGGCAAGACUUUUCACAUUAGUGAGUUUCUCAGCCACCAAUCAGGAAUUGAAGCCAUGCUUAACACCAGAGCCUUAAACAGUUUUGAAUCCCUUGAUACUGAUACUUAUAGAUGCACCCUGCCAAAGCUUCAGCUUUUGAAUUUUGAAGCUGCUCCUGUGCUGGACUUGAGAGUGACCCCAACAAAUGAAGAUUGUAUAGUUGAGAUGCUUUCUUGCAGGUUUGAGGGUUCAGAAGCCGUGGAACGCCAAAACAGCCAUUUUUCAGCAUUCAUGAGAAAUCACAUGUCAUGGGACACAAAUGGCUCUGAAUCGUUUUUGGAGGUUGAUGUGAAGCUAAAACUCACUCUUGAGAUUUAUACACGCCCUUUCACCAUGAUGCCAGUAUCAGCUGUUGAGCGUCCUGGAAAUUUAAUGAUGCAAGCCUUAGUGGAUAGGCUGGUGUCAUUGCUUCUGCAGCAACUACUACAAGAUUACAGCAAAUGGGUUGUUGAUAAGCAAGCAGUGGAAUAA